AUGUACGCGGCGGAGAGGCGCUGGAGCCGCCGGCAGAGAGUUCUGCUGUUGGGAGUGCUGAUGGCGGCGUGGCAGGCGGCGUGGGGGCAGCUGCGCUACUCGGUGCCCGAGGAGAGUUUACGGAAUCGAAAAAAAGAGCUCAGACUAAGCGAGAUGAUAGCGCUGGGGUCGCGGUUUCCCCUGGCCGAAGCUCAUGACCCGGACUCGGGCCGGAAUUCCCUGCAGAGCUACGAGCUGAGCGGCGACGAGCACUUCUCGCUGGCCGUGCAGGCGGGCCCCGGCGGCGAUCAGCGUCCCGAGCUGGUGCUGGCCAAGGCGCUGGACCGGGAGGAGGCGGCGUUUCACGAGCUGGUGCUGAGGGCGAGCGACGGCGGCGAUCCGGCACGGACGGGCACGGCUCGGAUCCGCGUGACGGUGCUGGACGCGAACGACAACGCGCCCGUGUUCAGCCAGGCGGAGUACACGGUGCGUGUGCCCGAGGACGUGCCCGUGGGCUCUGUCCUCGUCACUAUCGCCGCAUAUGACGCCGACGAGGGACUGAAUGGGCAGGUGAAAUACAGCUUUCGUAAAAUUUCAGACCGUGCUUCAGAACUUUUUAAUCUCAACUCUGAGACAGGAGAAAUAACUGUUAAGGACGACUUAGAUUUCGAGGAAAUCUCCUCUUACGAACUGGAGGUUCAGGCACAUGACGGGGGAGAGCUUUUUGACACAGCGAAAGUCGCAAUCUCUGUGACAGAUGUCAACGACAAUGUGCCCGAACUGACAGUAUCGUCGAUAGUGAGUGAAAUCGCCGAGGAUGCUCAGCCUGGGACAAUUGUGGCCCUGCUGCACGUGCAGGAUGACGACACGGGGCUCAACGGCGAGGUGCGCUGCUCACUCGAUGGGGAUGUCCCGUUCCGGCUGGAGAAGAAUUUUGAGGAC